AUGAUAAACCUCCACUAACAGUAUAGAAUAGUAAAAUACUGUCUGGGUCAUGGUUAGAGAUGAUCAACCACCUCUAACAGUAUAGAGUACUGUCUGGGUCAUGGUUAGAGAUGAUCAACCACCUCUAACAGUAUAGAAUAUUAAAAUACUGUCUGGGUCAUGGUUAGAGAUGAUCAACCACCUCUAACAGUAUAGAAUAGUAAAAUACUGUCUGGGUCAUGGUUAGAGAUGAUCAACCACCUCUAACAGUAUAGAAUAGUAAAAUACUGUCUGGGUCAUGGUUAGAGAUGAUCAACCACCUCUAACAGUAUAGAAUAGUAAAAUACUGUCUGGGUCAUGGUUAGAGAUGAUCAACCUCCACUAACAGUAUAGAAUAGUAAAAUACUGUCUGGGUCAUGGUUAGAGAUGAUCAACCACCUCUAACAGUAUAGAAUAGCAGAACAGUAGGGUUGGAAGAAUUUCCCUUUAUGGAAUCAAUGUUGCUGUGUUGUUACACAUGUAAGCUCUGCCUACAUGCUGACCCAUAUUCUACCCUUUCCCCCCUACUGGGCAGAGCCAAGAAAAGCCAAACCCAAAUGUGCUGGAAAGAACCAUGUAAAAUAAACAGACCAUUCAGUAUAGUUCGGGUCGGCACCAUAAUGUGAAAAGGAGUCCACUGUGGUCCAUCCAGCUCUUGAUGUUGUUCUGGACCAGUCGUGGUCCAGCUCUUGAUGUUGUCCUGGACCAAUCGUGUUCCAGCUCUUGACGUUGUCCUGGACCAAUCGUGUUCCAGCUCUUGACGUUGUCCUGGACCAAUCGUGGUCCAGCUCUUGAUGUUGUCCUGGACCAAUCGUGGUCCAGCUGUUGACGUUGUACUGGACCAAUCGUGGUUGUCCUGGACCAAUUGUGGUGCAGCUCUUGAUGUUGUCCUGGACCAAUCGUGUUCCAGCUCUUGACGUUGUCCUGGACCAAUCGUGGUCCAGCUCUUGACGCUGUACUGGACCAAUCGUGGUUGUCCUGGACCAAUCGUGUUCCAGCUCUUGAUGUUGUCCUGGACCAAUUGUGGUCCAGCUGUUGACGUUGUACUGGACCAAUCGUGGUUGUCCUGGACCAAUUGUGGUGCAGCUCUUGAUGUUGUCCUGGACCAAUCGUGUUCCAGCUCUUGACGUUGUCCUGGACCAAUCGUGGUCCAGCUCUUGACGCUGUACUGGACCAAUCGUGGUUGUCCUGGACCAAUCGUGUUCCAGCUCUUGAUGUUGUCCUGGACCAAUUGUGGUCCAGCUCUUGAUGUUGUCCUUGACCAGUCGUGUUCCAGCUCUUGAUGUUGUCCUGGACCAAUCGUGGUCCAGCUCUUGAUGUUGUCCUGGACCAAUCGUGGUCCAGCUCUUGAUGUUGUCCUGGACCAAUCGUGGUCCAGCUCUUGAUGUUGUCCUGCUGCUCUCUCCUGUAGAACACCUAGGCCAGAACAUCUCCAAGUCCCACCAGGAGACGUGUCAGUACCUGAGGGAGGAGCUACAGAGCAUGACCUGGCAGGCCUUCCUCCAGGAGGAGAUAGAGACCUACCAGACGAAGCCGGAGGAGGUGAUGUGGCAGCUGUGUGCCAUCAAGAUAACGGAGGCCAUCCAGUACGUGGUGGAGUUCGCCAAACGCAUCGACGGCUUCAUGGAGCUCUGUCAGAACGACCAGAUAGUGUUGCUCAAAGCAGGGUCUCUUGAGGUGGUGUUCAUCAGAAUGUGUCGUGCCUUUGACUCUCAGAACAGCACCGUCUACUUUGAUGGGAAGUACGCUGGGACCGACGUCUUCAAAGCGUUAGGUUGUGACGAUCUGAUUCGCUUAGUCUUUGAGUUUGGGAAGAGUAUGUCUGUCAUCCAUCUCUCUGAGGAGGAGAUCGCUCUCUUCUCCGCGUACGUCCUGAUGUCUGCAGAUCGGACGUGGCUUCAGGAGAAGGUGAAGGUAGAGAAGCUGCAACAGAAGAUCCAGCUGGCUCUCCAACAUGUCCUUCAGAAGAACGGCAGAGAGGAUGUGGUUCUCACUAAGUUGAUAUGCAAAGUGUCGACCCUGCGGGCGUUAGUCAGCCGGCACACAGAGAAGCUGACGGCCUUCAGAGCAACGUACCCAGACAUUGUCCAAGCCCACUUCCCUCCACUAUACAGGGAGCUGUUUGGCUCAGACUUUAACCAGGGCUCCAUGUCCAUAGACGGCUAGCCGAAGAGCCCGUCGGUGACCUACCGUACGGUAUCUGCCCUGUACUGUAGUUUACGUCAUGGAGCCAGUGUUGAUCUUUGGGAGACAGAGAGACACGUUGAAUGAGAGACACUCAGACAGGGCCUCGGUCCUGUGGCUCUGACUUGCUCUUACCUGGACAGA